AUGGCAGAAGCAGUUGAGGAACCCGACACCGGCGACACAUCCAAGGAGUUGACAUCUGGUGAUACGUCCAUUUCCACUGAUAACAAUGAUGGAUACUCUUGUGAUUUGGGAUUAUGGCCUACUGAUAUUUCUGACAAUAUGAGAGAGCACUGGGCAGGUCAAGGGAGUAGUCAGUGCAGAAAUUCCGAUGCCGAUUUCAGCGCAACAUCAACAAGAUAUGAGGGAGAUGCUUACAAUAGACGAUGUCAAAAAACUUUGUUCACGUACACACAUGAGCUUACAAAACAGCAACAUCCUCGAAACUGGCUCUGCUAUUCACCAUCCAAACAUGUCGUGUUCUGUUUUGCGUGUAAACUCAUGACUGACAGCAUCGUUUUUGGAAAACAAGGUUAUAAUGACUGGAAACGCGCAUCCCAGUCAAUUCCACGACAUGAGAAAAGUUCAGCGCACCGUAAUGCUGUUUUUCAGCUACUCCAACGUAGCGAUGCUGGCUGCCGUAUUGAUUCAGAACUGGUCACACAGGCCAGUGAUGAGCGUAACUAUUGGCGGGCAGUACUUGAGCGGGUAACAGAAACCAUCCGUUACCUUUCCGAGCGAAGUUUACUAUUUCGCGGCACUGAUGAGAUCGUUGGAUCGCCAAAAAACGGUAACUACCUGGGAACAUUAGAACUUAUAUCGAUGUUCGAUCCAUUUCUAGCGCAACACAUCAACCGUAAUGCAAAUAAGGGAAAGGGUCACACAUCCUAUCUCUCAAAGACCAUUUGCGAGGAAUUCAUCCAACUGAUGGCAACUCGAGUUCGCGAGCAGAUUUUUUACAGAAGUUAA